CACGAGUUAUAAAAAGAGGGGAUACUGUAAAAUAUAACAAAGCAAAGCAACGUUCUGACUUGUUUGUUUCCGUUUAUUCGAUCAUCUUAGCUUUAUAAGCGUUUAACUAUCUAAUUCAGUAUAUAUAGAGAAGUGAAGAGAACUAGACUGUGUCGACCCUGGCUCUGGCAUAACAUUCUGUAAACAAAAGAGUGCUCAACAUAGAUUAAUUCCAACGUCAAAUAGAUAAUCAUGAAGUUCCUUCUUUUGAUUGCGACGGUCAUUGUUGGGUCGCAAGCUAUUAAUGUGGACGAACUCAUGAAAGAUGAGUGGUUAGCAUUUAAGGGAGAGUACAGAAAAAUCUAUAAGGACGUUGUAGAGGAAUCGUUUAGGCUAAAAAUCCUUCUUGAAAAUCGUCACAAAGUUGCAAAACACAAUGCUGAAUAUAUGAAGGGAAAUAAAAAUUUUAGAUUGAAAAUCAACAAAUAUAGUGAUAUGCUUAAUCGAGAAUUUGUAGACACCUUAAACGGUUUUAAUAAAAGCACCAAUCAUCUUUUAAGACAGCAGCUCAACAUUGAAGGAGUUACUUACGUCAAACCAGACAAUGUUAAAUUUCCAGAUACAGUUGAUUGGCGAAAAAAAGGUCUCGUCACUGCUGUUAAAGAUCAAGGACACUGUGGUUCUUGCUGGGCAUUUUCUUCCACUGGAGCUUUAGAAGGACAACAUUUCAGAAAAACUGGAAUACUUGUGUCAUUGAGUGAACAAAAUUUGGUAGAUUGUUCAGGAAAAUAUGGAAACAAUGGUUGCGAAGGUGGUCUUAUGGAUCAAGCAUUCCAAUAUAUAAAAGAUAAUCGUGGUCUCGAUACUGAAAAAUCUUAUCCUUAUGAAGCUGAAGAUGACAAGUGCAGGUACAAAAAGGCAAAUAAGGGAGCAGAUGAUAAAGGAUUCGUCGACAUUCCACAAGGUGACGAGGAAAAAUUGAAAGCUGCCGUUGCAACCAUGGGACCAGUUGCAGUAGCCAUUGAUGCUUCUCAUGAAACUUUCCAACUUUAUUCUGAAGGAGUAUAUUAUGAACCCGAAUGUUCCAGUGAACAAUUAGAUCAUGGUGUUUUAGUUGUCGGUUAUGGAACUGAGGAAGAUAAGGAGGGAAAUCCUCAAGAUUAUUGGCUGGUGAAAAAUAGUUGGGGCGAUACUUGGGGUGAGAAAGGAUACAUCAAAAUGGCAAGAAACAAGAAUAAUCAUUGUGGUAUUGCCUCAUCUGCUAGUUAUCCUCUUGUUUAAUACAAUUAAUUUCAUUUAGAUAAAAUUCUAUUCUAAGAGCUAUGAAAAAGAAAGAAUUAAGACAAUUGUAAAAAACAAAGCAUUUAAAGAGAUUUGCUUUUAACUUGUGUUGUUAAUCUUUGAAACAACAAAAUAAUUUAUUGUAAGACUUUUAUAUAAGUAAGGAAUGCAGCUUUUUAUUUAAAAUUUUUUUAAAUUUUCUUUUAUUAUUCUAAAUAGUGAUAACAAAACUUUGUUUGAUAUUUAACGUUUAAUUUUCCAAAGAAAUGUAAAUUUUUAUAUAUUAUUCUUACAUUUCCGUUAUGUAUAAUAUGUAUUAAGAAUGAGAUUAAGCGAAUUUUUUUAUACUAUGGUCCUUAAAAAAAAAGAUUGUAAAGAAUAUGUAAUUUUUCAAAAAAUAAAUUUAAUUUUACAUAAAUAAAAAAUGAA